AUGGUUACUCACGCCCUUGUGAUAGUGGUCGCGUGGGCGGCCACAGUUCGCUCUGCGCGGUAUGCUGACUACUCCGGCGCAAGAAUGCCCUACUACCACGAGGAAUAUGAUACUCAGAACUCCGCGGGGCGUGACGAGUAUCCAGAAAGAUCACCAGAUGCUCCCGUUUCUUUAGAUUAUAAAUACGAAGAGGGUUCCAGUGGCAAAGAAGACAAAGUCUCAGAAUCUGUGAUCGAUGAAAGUGAUGCGUGGAAAUCUAAUAAGAAAAAUAUUGCACCUAUAGAUGUAGAGGAUGAUUAUAACAAUCAACAUUUAUAUAAGUAUUCAAAUCGAGACGGUAGCGAACGAAAAUCUAAGUCUAGCCAUGCGCCAAUUCGAAAUAAACCAUCAUUUAAAAGAAAAAAAGUUUACAUCGACGAUGAAAGACAAUCCAAAUCCGGGCGUCGAAGAUAUGUUGAAUUGAACAUUGACAGAGAUCGUGAAAACGACAUACAAUCGUGGGAAGACGGAAUGCAGUCUCUUAGGGUUAGCAAGUUUAAAAGUAGGAAUCCUGAUGUUAGUAAUAAUCUUGGUCGAAGAGUUGUGGCUAGAUCUGGACGUCGAAAAGCACGAGCAAGGUCUGAUGAAUGGGUUAGAAUGCCUGAUGAAGACGGUGUUCUAUCUGUAGACCGGGACCUUUCUUCAGAAAAUGACGAUGAAUCAUUACACAGGAAUAUGCAACAAAUUGGAAAGGCUCACGUUGACGAUAGCUUUAUUCCUAAUCCAGACACAGUGAAGGUUGGAGACAAAAACUACCCAAGCUAUGAAGAAUACUAUGAUAUGAAAAGAGCUCUUGAUAUAAAAAAGUCCCUCAUGUCAGCUUCUAGAAGUCGACCGACAGCAAGUGAAAUGCCGCAGCUACCACCAUCUCGUCCCACGGAGAGUUGGUAUCGACGAGCUAAUGUCCCAGAUGUACCAUUAGAAGUUAUAAAACUCCCUUCAUCGUCGAAAUCUACAUAUCCCAGCAGUACUAUAACAACUAAAUCUACUACAACAUCAAAACCCAUAAUAUCCAUAACGGGAAGUACAGUUUCAAACAAGAACACGUCAGAAUUGUCCCUCGCUGAAAAGUCUAGACUGUCGAUCCUGAAGAAGGCGAAGAAAAAAGAGGGGGCGAUGAGCGGCAGCGUAACUACGAAGCCGCCCGUACUGAUGCAGGUCACCGAUCGCAUGCAGACCUUGGUGAUGGUGGAACCGCCUGGUUCACAACUUCAACGUAUGCAGGCGAGAGAAAUAUCUGACGAUUCCCCGGAUCGAAUUGCGCGAGCCAAACGCCUCAUGCGGCACAAACUUUUAUCCAACGCAAAAAAUAUUCACGAAUUGACAGAUAACUGGGACGAACUUGUUUGCGACUACAUUGACGUGUCGCUUCUCAAAACGACGGUCGUGUCAACCACUACGAGUAUGGCAGAACGUGAACUAUCACUAGUACUGAGUAGGAAAGAGCGAGCCGAGAGAGUGGAGUCCACUGCUGGUGUUCCAGCUCCGACACUGCCCCAACGCGCCUUGGAGCCAGCUCUUUACAGCGCCUGGAACAAUUUUCUCAUUAGCAAUCAAUCGCAAUGUAUUACUCUAUCCACAUUUGUUAUAUUAUUGUUGUCACUAUUACACUAUUUGCAAAAUUAUACUUCUUGUUUGUUACUUCAUCCCUACAUAGUAAAAAAUAUUAUAAAUAACUCAGUUUUAGUGUUAGGUAUGUUUUGCAGUCAGCGCCAUCUAGCGACGGAGACAGAGUUGAUGGAGGUUGAGAGGUCGCAAGCGGUACACUGUAGGAGGGAGCGACGAGGUGCGGAGGCCCGCGGAGGGAGGGCGUCGACGUCACAUCGCGUCACGAGUGCCUUCCACCGAAGGCGCUGA